UCAUUACCAAAAAAUUAUUUUGAUAAGGCAAGUUUCAAGGCGUUCAAAGGAUCCAAGGGUUACUCGAGUUCGUCCAUUGCUUUUGCUGUAAUUCUAUUUUACGUCAGUUACUCGAGUUUAAUUUUAGCGAAAUUAUUUGUACCAAAGGUUUAUAUUUCCAGAAAUAUCAAAAAAAUGGGAGCAGCAGCUUUUCCAAUCAUAUUUUUCACAGCAGUGUGGGGCGUGGUCGGCAUUGUUUUCCCAUUUAUCCUUCCCAAAGGACCAGACCGAGGUAUUCAACAACUCAUUUUGAUGUUAACAGCGGCAACUUGUUAUCUAUUUUGGUUGUGUUGUUAUAUGGCACAAAUGAACCCGUUGGUUGGGCCAAAACUACAACAAAAAAUAAUUUUAAUAAUGGCACGUGAAUGGGGAGUACCAAUUACAGAAUAAUUAUCAUUAUGAUUAAUUUAAAUGUAUUGUUUUAUGUGUUGUUACUCAUUUUUAAAAUCUAAUCAUUCCAUUUUCCUCCCUUUGGUUAAGUAUGUUAAUAAUAUAAACUCUUAGCUGUCAAUCUGUUGAAAUCUUGUGCAUACUUGAAACUUUUUAUUGAGCUAUACUCUAUGAAAUAACUUUUAGAAAUACUUUUAUAAUGUCAUCAAAUUUUUAAUGUGUUUACUGUACACAAUUUAUUUCUAAUAUAAAAUUAAAAAAUUAUAACAAAAUGUAAAAUGUUGUUGUAAUGAUUUUUAGAAAUAAUUUUAUCAAACAAUAAAAGUUUUAGUAUAAGUA